UGAGGGAGACUAACUGAUUCAUAUAGGUUGAAACAAACAGACAACUGGAGACUUUAAUAAAACACUUGGAGAUUUAUUUUCUCUUGAGAAGGAAACUUUUUUGAGGACUGAACUCUUUAUUACCUAGAAUAUCAUUUAUUUUUCACAUUGGUCAGAAACAGCAGUAGAUUAUUAUUGUGUGCUCUGAAGUCUCAGCAGGUGACAUCAACAGACAAGUUGCAACCUUAUAGUGAAAAAGACAUUCAGAAAAGUCAGAAAAAAAAUAGAAGAAACAGCUGAGUACAAACAGAGAUCACUAUCAGCAACCAGGACGGCAUUGACCGCCUACAACCAGGGAAGAGACACAUGAUGGAGAAGUUUUUUAAACCUGUUCACAGUCCCUCUGGCCCGGAUGAGAUCAAGCCGCGGAAACACCACCACCAUCAUCACCUUCCUCAUCACCAAGACUCUCAGUCACACAGGUACACAAUGUUCGAUGACACAGACAGGAACACAGAUGAAAGCCUCGGGCACCACCGUCACCAUCAACAUGGUCGCUAUCUCCAUGACAGCCCUCAUCGCAACACCCACCAUCGGCAUCAAACACAGCAGUUUCACCACAGUGAAGAGGACGAGAUACUGUACAACCACGAAACACCUGUAACUCUCUCUAGGGCCUCUUCCUCUUCCCUCUCUUCAUCCUCUUCCUCCUGCUCUUUUUCCUCGUGGUACACAGAGGAAAGUGCAAAUGAUCCGUUCUCUCUUCGUCACGCUGCACAGCCGCAGCACUCCCUGUCCUGCUCCAACAUCUCAGAUGUGCGCAGAGGUUUCAGGGAGGAUGACGGCAGCGAGCCCAUUGUCUUUGCCACCGUCAGACACGGCAAGAAAGACAGUGUUUGUAGUGAGAUACAAGGAAACACACAAAAGAGGGGGAAGCGUGGUUUUGCUUCUCUUGACCGAGGUCACAGCAGAAGUGAAGAAGGUCUUCUGCAGGGUAAUGAAAGCGAUCUUGGAGGAACACAGUCCAGGGAACAGCACAUCAACUAUCAACCUCUGUACAAGGCUGCUAGUUUGAACCGAAGCCUGGCUUUCAGUGAGGAGGACUUUCUGUUAGGGGUUUCCAGGGGCCCUAAGAGAGCGGUGUCCUCCAGUCAGCUGCCGAGCAAAGGCAUCCUCAAAAACAAGGAGCCAAAUACUGACAUACGCAAGGCUAAGUCGAUGGAGGUGCUGUCCCCAAGAGUUUCCAAAGGACAAGAUCCUGGUGGACAGAAAGGGAAAGGGGCCACUCAAGCUGAGAUAGAACAGGCCAGGACAAACUUUGUGCAGGGGAAGAUGCAGUUCUCAGCCUUUCUAGAUGAGAUAACAAAACAGGUUAUAAGUCCAUCUGCUCUGAACAUCUUGGGUGUGAACGCUGAUAAAACUCCUGCGAAGACACCUGCCCCAGCACAAACACCUGCCCCAGUCAAACCUCAGCUCCCACCCAAGAAGCAUAGAGAGAGCUCAGGGGAGGAGAGGGAGCAGCACCCAAAACAACACAGCAGACAGGAGAAAGUAGCUCGCAGCAGCUCUCGUAAAAACCCGGACUGCUCCACUCCUGACAAACUGAACUCAUAUGCAGCUAGGAACCACCACGGUAGCCCCCCGCCUCAUCACUACCCCCAUGAAAACAGCCGUAAAGAAAGAAGGCCAUCGCCCACUGGCGGCUCCAUGUCAGGGGACAGAUAUGGUAGAGGUGGCCCUCACCUCACAGAUGGCACUAGCACCAGCCCUGAACCUAACCACCCCAAACAACGUCACCACCGCAAACAGCAGCUCUCUGCCUCCCACAGUCAACACACCCAGCACUUCCCCCAGCACCAGCCCCAACAGGUGUACCACAGCCCCGGGCACCGAGGGCCCGUCAGCUCCCCUCCAUUCUCAACCCAGGGUGGAGGGCCGGGCCUCGGCUCUGAGUCCUCAUCCACAAAAUCUGAUUCAUCCAGGGCCAGAGACACAGCCUCCACAGCUACUAGCCCCAGUUCAGAGCAGAGUGGUCGACACCAGUCACAACAUGUGGGACACCCUAAACAACACAGGGACACACUGUGUGACGCCGACCAUCUCCAGGCGUUGCAGGAGGAGAAUGCAGAUCUUCACCAGAACCUGCUGCAGACUGUGGUUUGCAUUGAAAGCCUGGAGGCGGAGUUGCAGAGGACCCGAGACGAGCUCAGUCACGUCAAGGAGAAAUAUAAAAGCCUUCUGGAGACUCACACUGGGACCAAGCAGGCCAAUAACCUGCUGGGGGAACACCUGCAUAUAGCGUCAGAGAGCCUGAGCAGUGAGAGGAAGUACCUGUUAAACCGCGUGUCACAGCUGAGCUCAGAGUUGGAGGACGCCCACAGGACCAUCGCAGCCCUGGAAAACAUCAAUGUGCCGUGCCUGAUAAAGGAUUUGCUGGAGAAGCACUUUGACUCAGCUGAAGCCAUACAGAAGUUUCUGUCCACCUCCGCUCCAACCAGCCACUCUGCCACUUCCCCACAAGCAGACGGCCAAUCCCACGCUGUCAAAGUGGAGGAAGCAGCACAUGAUUGGUUGAUGAAAUCAGCGACAGGUGCGCAGAGAGUCACAGCCUUCAUACCAUUCAAACAGGGCGACCCCACAACAGGAACUGAAGGCAGCCUCUCUGGUCAGCCCGAGUCCAGCCACAGCCCACUUUUCUCUGUAUCUGACAUCAGCACUGCUAUCUAUAAGAAAAUGGCUGCCAGCUACGCUGCCAGACCACAGCCUCUCUACCCCCAUAGCCAGCAGCAGCUUCCUCUUGGCACCAACCACGCUGACACCCCUCCAAACCUCCAGCAGGCCCAUGUGGGUUCUGACAGCUGGGGUGGGAAGGGCGGGGUAAAGGUAACACUUUUGGAACAGGACGUUGUGGAUGUGACCUCAGUGUCAGCCCAGCAGAUCCUGGAUGAUUUCCUGCAGCAGCUGCAGCCCCAUGGGGAGGUGAGCAGGGGGAAGGAGCAGCAGGGCGGGCAGGAGUGGGAAGGAGGAGCGGAGCAGACAGGCAAAGUGGCAGAAUGAAAAUGUCAUCCAAUGAUUAUACAGUAGAUUCUCAUGGUAAUGGAGAGAAAUAUGUAUUUAUAUAUAAAUAGAAGUCACUGCUGUCAGAUGCAUUGUAUAUUGUCUCCCCUAAAUAAUAGAAAGUCUGUUUUUUAGCAUGUAUAUAAUGUACUUUAAGUGUACUUUUUAGGAUUUUAAAACCCAGAAUCCAUAGAAUAAGGGGAAGGAAAUUAUUUGCAUGAUGCUGAAACAUUAGAAUUUCCAAUAUCUUAAGUACAAGAUUUCCACACACUCACAAAAAAAACGAUAUUUUGAAACCAAUUUACACUCAAAUGAAAGAAAAAGAGAACAACAGACCAAUUAAACACCAAAAUAUUACAGGAAAUGUGAACACACAGUAAUAACAAAGCUAAAUACAACCAAAGGAAACAAUUUCCAAGUAUUCUCUAUAAAUAUAUUUUCAUUUCAGUGAUCAUUUUAAUAGCAUGUAAUUUACUGAACAGAGAAAAGAUGACAAGAGAUGACAAGAUGAAAUGACAAAAAAACCCCAACUCAUCCUGUACUGUCUGUGAUUAUAGUCAUCAAAUUGUUGUGAAGAAUGACCUUAAAAGCUUUUAAAGAUAAAUGCUUCAUAUAUUUAGAUAGAAGCUGCUCUUCAGUUCAGUAAUUAUACAUACAGACCAUGUAUCAGUGCCAUGAAAGAAAAUGUCAGAUGCGUCAAGGACUUUUGUUCUAUAAGGAACACUCAGUGACUCUCCUUGUGUCAUUCUGAAUUCAUGAAUAAAACUUCUUGCAUGCCUCUGCGGUGAACAAAGGAUUCAAAGAUGGAGAAGACUGAAUACUUAAUAAUACUUAAACUAUAUCAUUUAAAACCCUUUUUCAUAAUCAGCGCAGGUUGUUACUCAUCUGCCUGAGACUCUUUAAAUGUUGGGAAGUACUGAGCAUACGACAAGAUAAAUUAGACUGGAUUAUACUGCAAGAGUUGCUUGAGAGCUUGUAAAUUGAUGUUCUGACAUACACUUACCGGCCACUUUAUUAGGUACACCUUGCUAGCACCAGGUUGGACCCCU